AUGGAACUCCCUUUUCGCAACUCUGGCCUAACUGCCUUUCAAUCCACCUCACUUUUGUUAAUCGAUAUCAUUGCCGUCGGAGGAAACGCUUUUAUUUGCAUGGCAACUGCACGAAAUCCCAGCCUUCGCACGAGCACAAACUUGUGGGUGACCGCAUUGGCUGUUGCGGACUUGAUCCGUUCUUGUGUUGCUGCACCUUUGACAGUGGCAACUUUAAUUUGUGGUCGCUGGAAUUAUGGAUCCGGUGGUUGUAUCAUUCAAGGAUUUUUCACGUACUAUCUAACCCUGGUCUCCCUCCUUACAAUGGCGUUCAUGGCCGUCAACAGGUACUGCAGAGUGGUUAAACCGUCUCUCUAUUUGAAGAUUUUCACUAGAAAGCGAUGCGUCACAGCUCUGAUAUUCCUGUGGACACUAAUGGCUUUGACAGUGUCAUUUCCUGUGCUGGUUGGAUGGGCAGAAUUUGCUUUUCACGGUGGUUACGCAGCUUGCGUUUUGCAUUUCCAUAAACCAAGUCUCACUGUGAUAUUUUUAACUUUGGACGCCGGCCUUAUUUUAAUUCCAUGCACUCUUACAAUCGCCGGUUGCUACUUCAAAGUAUCACGAGCAGUACGUGAACAUAACGAUCAGGUCGUAUCAUCUCUCCAGGGAACCUUAAAGUCGAACUCCCAACUUAUAAACCGAGCGGGCGUCGAGGAAAUUCGCGUCACGAAAACACUUUUCUUACUAGUUUCAACGUUUACUCUUUGCUGGAUUCCAGCCUAUGUAAUCGGGUUUUUAAGCCGUGGCAAUUUGGUUUACAUCUCUCCUCAAGGUGCUCUUGCUGUUACAUUUCUUGUGGGUCUGAACUCCGCUUGUAACCCCUUUAUAUACGGCUACAUGAAUCGUUCGUUUCGAGUCGAGCUUUGGAAGCUUAUCCCUUGUAAAAGGAACGAAAACCAAGUUGUUCCGCACGUUCAUUCGAAGGACACUUCACCGCAGUCUUACACAAAGAGCCUUGCUGUCGUUGUAUCUACUUAGAGCUUUAAAAUGAUAUUCCCAGAAACACAUUCAAACGAUGAAAACUAGAGAUGAAAUCUGCUGAUCAUGAUAUUGCUGUCAUAUGGCUCAACAUUCAAUGUAGUGUAGAGAAAACUAGUUAACACAACCAAACAAGGCGUCUAACAGACGAUUCUCAAGAGGAAAUGCCACACAGAGAAACAAAACUUUACAGAUGUUCGCAGCUGUAAAAUGUGUCCUUUGCUAUCGUUACUGGUUGCAUUUGCCGCACUCGUUGCCUUAGAGUAACCACUGUUAACAGUAAACGGUAACUACUGUUUUCUACUUAUCUUUAUCAAUAAGUUGCAAAUCAAACCUGUUUUUCUCGAUUCAGAAAAUUUCGACGCAGAACAAACCCCACGUCAAUGAAAUAUUCAAAUGAAUUCAUCAAAACGUAUUUUGUUUGACAAAAAGAGUCUUUGCGGCUUUUGCCUUCUAUACAAGCCGAAGCCACAUAUGCUAUCGGAAUGAGUGAGUGAUAGUAAACUUUGAAUACCGAACUUCACCAAAUUUCGACCUGAUGUCACUUAUUGUUUAUUUUGGAGUAUCUUCGUAGUUCGACAUUCGCACUAGAGAUUAUUGGGCACAGCAUACGCUGAAGAAAGAGGAAUGUCUUUGAAACAAAUUAUUUUGUGCCUAAACUACCCAAACUGUCAUGUUUUCAGUAUCUGGAGGUCAAAAGCAUGGGUAUGGGGAAGAGGGCUCGAUAAACAAUUGAUGGAAAAACUGACUUCGAAUUUUUCGCUUGAAGGCGGGCAUCACCCGCCUUUAAGCCAUCCUGGCCAAUGAAUAUGCAGAGGGUUAACGUUAAGACUAACAACCGCAUACGGCCUAGCCACUUGCCUCUUCAAGGGAGGGCUGGAAGUGGCUCUGUGUCAAAAGCUCAGGGGGGAGAAAGUUGGAUUUUGACUUAUCGGAAUGGGGGGGGUCUACUUUUUGUCGGCAACUUAAGAGAGAUCUUUUUAGCCUGAUGUUAUCUUGGAUUGUCCCUUAUGAUUCACAGUCAGGCUCAUGCCUUGUGGCAGCUCCACCGGUGAGGUAGACCACUGUGGCUAGGGUAGGGGGGGAGGGGAAUGUGUAGUUUCCAAAGGUGGAUGCAUGGUAGGUACUAUUAGUUUGCUGUGAUCUUGAGUAUAUUUUGGUGAAUCCACUCUGAUAUAUUUGUAUAUCAUUUUUUUCAUCUACAUUUCACACAAAGUAUGAGUAGUGCUUGAAGACAGCUUUUGAUUUGUGAGGAAUAAUUAACAUAAAUAUUGCCAUUUCCCUCAACUAAAUCAUCGUGAGUUUUAAUGAGUCAGAAUGCAGCAAUUAACACAUUCCUUCAACAAAAUUUCUCAGCAUUGUUCCAACAUAAUCGGAUGAACGCAAGAAAGAAUGAACAAAGAAAUAUAGAAAUACUGGAACCUACUUUGAUGAUUUGUUUCACCUUCGACUAUUACUGUCCUCGUCGAGAUGAAAAUAUUUUUAUUUAUUAGUCAUUUAUAUUUUCUGCCAUCCUUGUUGCUAAGUGAUUUUUGUCUCCUUUCAGUAUUUCUAUGAUGCAGAAGAUAUAUUUUUUCGUCUCUUUCGAGUUAGAAAUGGUUUUUACCCAGUGAAAAAUUUGACUCAAAAUGUAUAGCUAAUGAUGUUUUAAGGAGAGAAAAAAAAAUAAGACGAUUGAUUUUAUUCUUAGCCUGGAUGAAUAUUCGCAAUUUUAGGCACCAAAUCUGAUAUUAGGGUUGACAGACUGUCUGUCAAAAUCUGACCAAACGUCUCUCAAAGCGCGUUCAACGUCAAAUUUCACACCUGCUUCGAUCGGUCUGUUGUUUAGUCGUCUCCAAGGUAAGAAAAAUGACGUUUUUCCAUUGUUCUUUUCGGUAUUUCUGCUUUUAAAGUGAGAGUUACUUUACCUAUAAAGCACUAAUGUAUGCGCUACAAUGUGAUCUUUAGCUCAUGCGAGCAUAGCGAUUUCAUUUGCACCUCUGUAUUGUAUUUAUGAGGAUUUUAAAUGAUUUUGAUCGGAAAACACAAUGAUUUAAGCAAAUUCAGUUACAUCUCGGUUUGCGAACUAUUGUUAACCCUUAGAAAGCCUUACUAAAAUUUUCUCUUUCGUGAAUGAAUGAAAAAAAUUUUAUCUCGCGUAGAAAGUCACUUAUUUUCCCUAAAAGCACUGUGACACGUUCUUGAUAUAUCCAUUUUGUAAUCAAUUCCACCGCCCCACCUGUUCAUAUAGCCUUGCUUCCUGUGAGCACAUUUCACUUUUCACCAUCACAUUGUCUUGUGUUACACAUUUUUUAGCGUCUUCCUCGAGCUUUUAGAAUUUGGGCUAAGCUCAUUUGUUGGGUAAGUGUGUUAUAAAACGGCUUAAUUGAUGCACGCGCUUUUCUUUCUGCGUUGAUUUUGUUCACGCGAUCUUAGAGCAGAUUUAAAAGGUUUAUGCUCACUGAAAUGUGGGUUUUUGAGCAAGUAUUCGGAGCAAGGUUUUUGUUUAACGUUUUUCCAGUUUGCAGCUUGGUGUUUGUUCUAAAGGUAAACGUUCACAAUCGCAGACGCCUACUGAAACCAAAACCCUGUAGGCUUCGUUAUGCUAUCAGGCAAAUUCGCGUCUCAGUUAGAAGCGUGAUAUUCAGCUUUUUGGAUGUUAUUUUUUCAUUUGUUAGCUGGAAAAAAUAGCCAGAACAACAUCUCAUCCUUGAAACGGUCGUUAGCUAGUUUUUCGCCCGUAAUUCCACAGGAAUAGGAAAUUAGAAAAUUAACUUGACUUUUGAAGUCAAUUUAGCAGCUUUAGUCUUUAAAUUAAAAGCAUAUAACUCAUAACUCCUUGGGAUUCAAAUAUAUCUUCCAUAUCACUCGAUUCACGAACACUGGGUCAGUUUGGAAUUUUACACGGACGUUCGAAGAGGUUAAACCCUUGAAGGGUUUCAAAAACAAUGAUUUGACCUUGCCAGUUAAAAUAAGAAUGAGAUAAUGGUUUUUGCUUUUUUUCUGUUUGCAAGUCAAAUAAGUAAAUGACACGAUUUGCAAAAUCUUCUGAGCACAUUUUUAAAUUGCAAUUCUAAAAAGCCUAUUAACAGACUGUAUGAAACGAAACUGAGACAGACAAAUCGUCUUAGGUCUAAACAGAAACUGUACUUGUAACGAUACAUGUCUGUUGAAAAAAAAAUAGAAAACUUUCGGUCAUUUUAGGGCGACCUUUCUAUCCUGUCCAACAUUUGGUUUGCUUUUAUAUUGUGAAAAGUGGCAAUAUACUUUUUUUUUCGUGGACACGUGAUUAAAGUUCAUAUCUCUUUUGUUUUUUUUCCGCCGGUACGAAAACAAGAGCAAAAGAGGAUUACUAUUGGCGCUGAAAAAGGGCUUCAUUGGGAAUUUAAUUAAAAAAGGACACAAUUUUUUUCGUAUUAUUUAUUUUUUCUUUGCAUCAGCGAACAAAUGAAUUAAUUACAUGUUGGUGGAAAUCCAGGAAAUAUCACAAUUUAGUAAACGAAGAAUAUGAUUGGCUUAUAAUUCACCUGUGUCAACUGCGAUUUCCGCCGGCUGGAGUUUUUUGCAAAAUACAUGAUUGUUUUCAAAGAUUGAUAGCUAUCUUUCAUUUUAUGCCCUGAAGCCAUCAAAGAAUGUUUUAAUUUACAACGCAAUGUGGAUCAAAACUUUGAUUAUAUAUUAUCUACAAGGAAAACCGCUUCGUUUGUUAGACUUAGCUUCGUUGUUCACAGAUGUUGCGUCUGUAGCUUUUAAUUCCUCAAAUUUAUGUAAAUACGAAAUGGCUGCGCGUCGCUUAAUCUGAACCUCAAAGAGCUUCAGCUAAAGGUAAACAUCAACAUUCAUUAUAUUUUAAAAAUUUUCCAGGUAUCAGUGAACUAGAUCAGUUUGUUUGUUAACAGUUAUAACCGCUCUUUGUGCCUUAAGUCAAAGGUACUGUGCCUUUCAAUAGCAUGCGAACCAAUCUUGAGGCUGAAUGCCAAACUUCGAGAGAGUUUCGAUUCAUGUCGCAUUAAUCAUUUUUGCAGGGGAUGUUUAGUUGUGGAUUAUUAUGCUUUGGGACAUUUCCAACAGACUAUAAGAGUGUCUAAGGUCGUUCUAAAAAGCCUUCGGGUCGAUUGUAAGUGCUUCUCGGGCACUCUUAAAUUUAAGAUCAAUAAUCUGUACCACUAAAAGCGUGUAUUGAAUUUGUCUUACUAUAGCUGAAUAUAUAUUGAUCUUAUUUCGCUCCUUUUCGUAAGACUGCUCUUAUCGUGUUUUUUUGGUUUUUUUUUCGGUUUCAUUGCAAUUGCUUGCUUUGUUUCAAUUGCAACUGUUUAUCUUGUGUCUGCAAUUUUUACUCGUGGAUACCCCACGAUGCGUAGAACGAGUACCGUGCAGAAAAUGGGAUAUGCAAAUUUAUUACUCACUAAAACGAACACAAGUUAAUAUGUAACAGUGUAGUUUGAUCGUUCGGGUGAGUGGAUUGACUAUUGUUGGGUUGCAUUUCAAUUGAGCUACUAGAAUCGGGUGGCACCUAACGGGAUUUUGGGGGUGAGGAAAUUCUGGUUUGUAGUCUCAAUGGGACCUAUCGUAGGCUGCCUGAUACCAAACUUGACCUCCUAGGUCUUACCCUAACGACACGUCUCUUUUCUAAUGGUAAGAAAAGAUAAUGACCUCGUUGUGCAACUUAACGAUACAGAACAUAGACUAAUACGAGUGUACGUCUUAAUUUAAUUUUCCCUUUAUCCUAGAGCUAAGGCUUCGGAGAUCAUUGGCUCUGUUUGAGACAGUAUGAGCGACGGUAUUGACUUGUUACUCCUGUGCUUAUUCACAAUCCUGAUUCCAGUAUGUCUCGUAUUUAAUGCUUUGGUUUUCGCUGUUAUUUAUCGGAGCAAAUCAUUGCGAAUUCCCAUGAACAACUUGAUCUUCAACUUAGCGAUAACAGAUUUUGUGAUUGGUUUAUUCAUCUUCCCUCGUCACGUGCUUUUCAGUGUCAUUGCAUUACGUCAUCCAGUAGACACCACAGGUAACUACUUUUGCAAGUUCAUAACAGGGAGUGGUACCCUGUGGACUAGUUCCACGGCGUCUGGGUUUUUACUCAUUGCCAUCGCCGUCGAACGCUAUACGUCCAUAAUGGUUCGUAGCCGAAGGGCGCCGAUUACAACCUCGCGCAUCAAUGCCGUUGUGGCGUUUUGUUGGCUCUCAGCUUUCGCGGCGAACUUGCCAACGCUUAUCGUUUUUGCCUACGACGAAACGAUUGAUUUCUGCGUGGAAAACUGGCCAAACUGGGUUUCGCCCAAGGCUUAUGUGAUGUGUAUCUUCUUCCUGGGCAUAAGCUCAGUUCUUGUGAUGUUCCCUUUGUAUUUUCGAAUCAUUUACACGCUAUGGUGUAGACAACGCAGGGCAACGGAAAUCUCACAGGCGGCCAGAUUACGCGCACGCAAAAACAUCACCAAAUUGCUAGUUUUGGUGACUUUUAUUCACACAAUUUGUCGUUUGCCUAACUAUAUGACUUAUCUAUUAACCUACUACGCUCCCUCAGUCAACUAUGGUUCCAACACAUACAACUUUACAGUUCUGUUGAUUCUGCUGAACUCCGCUGUGCACCCGUUCUUAUUGUGUUGGAACAUGCAGGGCUUUAGAAGACCCCUGUUUGUGUUGUUUUGUUGUUGCCAAGCCAAUAGAAUAUUUACUGAGCCUGAGCUUGAGCCCUCCCACGUGAGUACUCCGCCCGUCAGAGGAUCUGCCUUCCUUCUAAGAACCCCAGAACAAGCGCGCCCACGAACCACAUGA